AAAGGAAUUUACAGGCUUGUGGAGGAGGCCAACCCCUUCAUACAUGCGUGAGUCCAUUCUGUCUCUACGACAACAGGACAUAAACAAAUGGGGUAUCACUGUCCUGUUGAAGCCAUUCAGAUGCCACUUACAACAGUGCCAAGUCCAGAGCUGAUGGGUUAAUAACCUCUCAUCACCCUGGAAGUCACCUUGACGUUUUUCACCAUGCCCACCAAAUCCAAGAAAUCAAGGUCCCAAAGUUCUAGGCCCGCCAAGAAGACCGGGAGUCCAAAAACACCCAAAAAGAAGUCCUCUAGUGCCAAAUCCACCAAGACAGAGGUGGACAUCCUCAGCCCAGCAGCCAUGGAGAAUGUCUACUACAUUGCUCAUAAUGCGGUGGACUGUCUGGAGUUCAGAGGCUUUGGGUGGCCAAGUUCAAAUAAAAAGAAGAAAAAGAAGGGAACAAAACGGAAGAAGAAAAAGUAGAUUGUGAUUUUUGCUAAAGCUAAGAGAUUUUUUUCUUGUUGGGUUAAAGGUAUAGUUACAUUUAAAUACCUCUGUAAUGGCACCAUCUACUGGAAAGAUUUCUAAUAGCACAUCCCGAUUUAAUACAGCUUUUUAGAGCUGGAACUAAUGAAGUGCAGUGAUAUUGAACUGGUUUGUUCCUCCACAAAUCCAAGGCUGCACAGCAAAAUUAUUCCAUUAAAACUUCACUUAAUCCACGAGGCAAAAACUUUAAAAUUCUUUAUCAGUAUCUUUAUUGUACGCUGAUUAAAUCAGAACUGUGUUUGCACUAAUAUCAUAAAAACCUUGGCAGCUGUUUUUGACAAUUGAGAAGCUUGUGAGAGAAAUGUUUUUAAUUUAAUGGAAUACAACACAGAAGAGCAAAUGCACACUCUAUUAAUACUCAUUGUAGAAAACAUUAUGUCCACCUAAUGUGUAAUGAGAUGAUGAAUGUCAUGUGUAAGUUAAAACACCACAGUGCAUCCAUAGAAAAGGCCAGCCAGCAGUGCCAUGACACUGGACAUAAAGUGAUCCCACUAGUUUGUUAUAAUGGUCUUUAAAUUCAGUCUCUGCACAAUUUAUCUUACAAACAAUAGGCAACAGUAAGAACAUGCCUAUAAAACUAAGGGAGGAAACAAAUACUGUUCCAGGCACUGUUAAUAUUCUCAUACAUAUUUUACAUUAUCACUCUUUUUGUCAAAUGUACACUCAUUAUAUCACAACCCUGUAAAAUAAAUAGUUUCUCUGCCGUCA